CCCUCACCACCCCCUCUCCAUUCUAUAUAUUUAUACACGCCUGGCAGCCACUUUGCCCAACAUUAAAUUUCCAGCUGCAUGAUUCUUCUUCUUCAUCCUUCAUUCUUCUACCAAACUUACAGCUUACUGAUCAAUCAAAAUGACUAAUGUCGUGGAACUGAAAGUGGGCUUGCACUGUGAGGAGUGUAUCAAGAAAAUCUUAAAGGCCAUCAAGAAGUUAGAGGAUAUUGAAACUUACAACGUGGAUACUCAACUGAACAAAGUCAUAGUAACUGGUAAUGUCACAACAGAAGAAGUGAUCAGAGUUCUGCAAAAGAUCGGCAAAUCUGCAAGCACUUGGGAGGAAGCUCAACUCGAUUGUUGAUUGGAAUAGCACAAGAAAAUAACUUAGCAAGUUAGUAUUUUAGCACUUGACCUUUAUUUAUAUCUUUAUAUUGGUUGCUGCCAUUAAAGAUCAAAUAUUUGUACGAGUUUUUUCAUCCAAUUUACCAUU